AUGUCUGUGAAGGUAUGUGUGGGCGUAUCAACAAGCUUGGAGUAUAACAAUAUCGAGAAAAUCGAACGUGGUGUCUUCAAUAAUCUUAAAUAUUUAAAGAAACUAUAUUUAAACGGAAAUAAUAUUUCCAGUAUUGAACAAGGAAGUUUCCAGGGUCUUCCUAGAUUACAGCUAUUAUCUAUUCAUCUAAAUAAUAUUCCGCAUAUAGAAAAAGGGAUAUUCCAAGAUCUUCCAAGUUUAGAGCAAUUAUAUCUUUACAGCAAUAAUAUUUCGAGUAUUGAAGAAGGAGGCUUUCACGCCCUUCCUAGACUACAGAUAUUAUAUUUGAACAAUAAUACUAUUGAGAAAAUCGAUCCCGGAAUCUUCUACAAUCUUACCAAUUUACAGUUAUUAACUUUGAGUUUUAAUAAGAUUGAGAAAAUCGAACAUGGAAUCUUCCAAAAUCUUACCAAUUUACAGAAAUUAUAUUUAACCGGAAAUAAUAUUUUGAGUAUUGAAGAAGGAAGCUUCCAAGGUCUCAAUAAUUUACAGUUAUUGUAAGUUCGUUCACUUUCGAAGAUAAUGCAUUAUGAAGGUUAUUUUUACAUAACCUUC